AUGAGUGAGACGGCAGCGUCUGCACCGAGUUAUGAGGAUGGUUUGUUGUCGUUGUCGUUGGCGGCCGCCAGUGCAACACCCAUCGUCAUAUCUCGCGAGCCUUCGCAGGACAGCAGCUCCUUCAUGCCUGGCAAUUUCAACGGACCUAGCAGCUUGACCAGUGGAAGCAGCACGAUAAAGCCGCAUCCUCUUCACAAGCACCGCAGGCUCUCUUCGACCGGCCAGGCAAGAAGGAGGUUGAGUGACGCGCGGGAGGCAACGAGCCGACCUUCAGCCGUUACCAUACAAACAGCGGCUGCUGCGCUGUCCUCGCUAGCCACGCUCUCACUCUCAGCGUCUCCUCCUCCACAGGGUAUCUCUAAGACCUCCCCGUUCGUCUCUGUCCCUGGGCACGUCCAGUCAGCACCUUCGCAGCUUGUUCCAAUAGCCCCCAACGGUACCGAGGUCGAAGCCCAUGACGACGAUUUGGACUUGGGAGACGCAUUCGAUUCUGGACAAGUCAAGACGGAGAUUAACGGCCCCGGAAUUAGCGUUACGAGUUCGAAGUCGGCCAAUGGCAAGAAGAGAGGUACGAUCUUCAAGUGUGAGAGUUGCUCUAAGGUGUACCGCCAUCCAUCUUGCCUGAUCAAACACCGUUGGGAACACUCGCCGCACUGGCGGGAGGCUUCGAAGUUUUUGCUCAGCAAGCAUCAGCAGGUGCAGCUUCUAGAGGCUGCAGCAAUUCUUUCACACCUCUCUCCGUCUGCAAGAGGGGGGACUUCUUUACCAGAAGACCGCUCCUUAUGGCCGUCCUACCUCUCCGGAGGUCUUCUCCCGCCGCCUAACACAGCCAACACUUCCAGUGGACCUGCCGCGAAUCCUGCCUUGUUAACUUCUAGUUCCGUGCCCGCCAACUCAGUGCUCAGCUCAUCUGUGCGUCCUUUGUCUGCGGGUUCGCGCCCACGCAUGCACCACUACGCGAUUUCGGAUGCUGGCGGUAUCACCCAUUUCCGCCCUGGUGUGGUCGGUGUCCCCACGGGACCCAGUGCCUCACCUGAGCCCGAACAUGUUUCCACAGGUCAGCGUUCCGUACCUGUCCCUGUCCCCAGAACGGACUCUGCCUAUCGCGAACAAGGCAUGGGAUUCAGCUUCGUCAGUGGUCUUUCGGACGUGUGGAGCUCCCCGGUGUCGGUCGGCUUCGCACAGUCGUCGUUCCGGUCGUCGUCCGUGUCGAUGUCGGCAUCCGAGGUGGUGCAGUCGUACUCGGGAUCGACUGGCGGGUGGUCUCUCCCACGUUCGUCUGUGCGCUCUGGCUCGCGCUCGCGCAGCGGGUCGGCGUCGGAGAGCGACUUCGUCGACGUGGACGGGGACGAGGAACUUGGCGGCCGCCGAUUCGGGUUCACGUCGCGUUCGUGGAAGAGGGACGAGCCCUACUCGCGAUCGGUCAGCGUCGGGCAGGAUAAGAUCGAGGAGGAGUGGGACGGCAUGGAGAUGGAGAUGGAGAUGUAG